GCUGGAGCAGAGGCGGCCCGCCGUUUUCAUAGGGCGCAACAAACAGAACGUCACCGGGUAGCGACCUGCCCUUCGUCGCUCGCCUCGGGCAACUCAAACCACUGAGGCCACCUUUACUCCAACACCGGCCGCAGUAGCUCCCCCCACCACCUCCGGCCCGCUCAUAAAACCGCCGCAGUCGCGCAGACCCAGCUUGCUUUCGGCGCACACUUCCCCCUCGACUUUUCCACCAUGGCUCAAAUAAGAGGAACGGCGGGCUACCACCUCGGCAACCAGAGUCCCUUUGGCGGCCCCGGCCGCGUCGAAGCCACCAACGACCCGAGCCCGCUCGACGCGAUCAGGGAACAAACGAGCAAGAUUGAGGACUGGCUGGACACGCUUUCCGACCCUGUCAAACCCUACCUUCCCGCGAUCGGCCGCUUCCUGAUUGUCGUCACCUUCUUCGAAGAUGCGCUGCGCAUCAUGACCCAGUGGACCGACCAGCUCACGUAUCUUAAAGACUACCGACACAUUCCUUAUGGCGUAACGCAUGCCUUCCUGAUCUUUAACGUCAUCGCCAUGACUACCUGCUCCGUGAUGAUCAUUGCCCGCAAGCACUCCGAGUACGCCGUCGGCGGCCUCUUUGGCGUCGUGAUCACGCAGGCGCUCGGUUACGGCCUCAUCUUCGACCUCAACUUUUUCCUGCGCAACCUCUCCGUCAUGGGCGGCCUUCUCAUGGUCCUGUCGGACUCGUGGGUUCGCAAGCGGUUUGUGCCCGCCGGCCUCCCCCAGCUCGACGAGAAGGACCGUAAGAUGUACUUCCAGCUUGCGGGUCGUGUCCUUUUGAUCUUCCUCUUCAUCGGUUUCGUCUGGAGCGGCGACUGGGGUUUCUGGCGCGUAGCGGUCAGCAUUCUGGGCUUCAUUGCUUGCGUCAUGGUCGUGGUUGGUUUCAAGGCCAAGUGGAGCGCGAUCAUGCUCGUGGUUAUCCUUAGCAUUUUCAACGUUCUGGUCAACAACUUCUGGACGCUGCACCCGCACCACCCCCACAAGGACUUCGCCAAGUACGAUUUCUUCCAGAUCCUGUCCAUUGUUGGUGGUCUCCUCCUGCUGGUCAACAUGGGCCCCGGCCAGUUCAGCGUCGACGAGAAGAAGAAGGUUUACUAGACGCGCGCAAACACCACACGUUUUCCGUAAUGCCGAAGCUUUCCUCGCCAAUAUAAACAGGUGUCGGGAGGAUGGAGAUGCUGUUUUUGGCCGGAGGGCAACGCGGAGUGCGACCCCGGCGGUCAGGGUCCGGGGCCCUUUUCACGGCAAAAAGUUCGGUUGGAUUCAUGGGCAUGAGCAUGUAUCGAAUGGUGUAUAUCAUCAUGGUUUAGUCAUUGGGAGUAGCCGCACCGCUCUGGUCGGUAGACAUCCCCUUUCCUAGUAGUUUCAAGUCACGAUUGAUAUCGUUACCGCUGGCGACUGCGUGUUGUGGUAGUGAAAUGAAUAGGAG